AUGUCCUCUGAAUCGGAAAAACCUGUUGCUAAGGCUGUGAGGAAGCCUGGUUAUACCAAUCCAGCUUUUAAAGCUCUUGGUAUACCCGCCUUAAGACUGCCUUCUCGAAACUGGAUGAUCUUCUGGUCUGUGUUAACGGUGUCUAUUGGGGGCAUAGCUUACGAUAAAUACAGACAACGUCAGAUCUUGGACCAUGCAACAGGCUUGGUAGAGCCCUUGGCCGAAGAAGCCAUGGAGGUAGAUAAAAUUCCACGGAAGAUCACUGUUUUUAUUGCACCUCCUCCAAACGAUUAUCUUGAGAGUUCAUUGAAAAUUUGGAGACGUUACGUUAAACCUGUAUUGUAUUAUGCAGGGCUGGACUACGAAAUAGUUCAAGAAGACAGACAAGGGACUAUCAGAACUAACGUAGCUAACAGAAUCAGACAAUUGAGAAAGGAAAUAAUGGCACUGGUGGAUGAACAGUCACUAAAGGAGACCACACAAACGGAAACGGUAACAAAAAUAAACAGUCCCUUGUCAAGUAAAGUUUCAGCACUACUACCCUUCCGUAAAGCUGUCUCAGAUGCUCCGGCUGAAGAUGAGUUCUUUGAUCCAGAAAUUGGUAAACAGUUCAAGAAAAACUUUGAUUGGAGGAAUAUUAUUGGUAUUUUCUAUACAAUGCCAAAACCAACGCGUAUAAUAAGUGAAGAUUCACUCGUAAAAGACCCUAUAUUAUCCGGUGGUGUUAUUUGUUUAGGUAGAGGUGCGUAUAAGGAGUAUAUCGCAGGUAUACACGAAGGUUUACUAGGGCCUAUUGAAAAAGCCGAAGAACCUGAACCUACUGAACCUAAGAUAACUCAAGAGACUGAUAGUACUGGGAAGGAAUCGAUGGAAGAUGGAUCUAAUUCUACUACAUUGUUGGAUGUUAAGAAAGAGACCGACUCGGAAAGUACAGUAGUACAAGAAGAUCUUAAGUUAGAUGAGGAAGGCGUUCCAAAUGAUUCGCAAAUUUUUAUGAAACCUUUCAUAGCCCCAGAUCAAUAUUCUGAGCUGAAAAUUGCUCCAGAAUUACAAACUCCGAAUGGUGAGUUCGUAAGAGACCCCACUACAAAUAUCCCACUUCUCAUUAAUCAACCGUUACUUGUCAUUCCAAUACCCAACUUGAUAGGUUUCUCCACUAUUCCGAGAAGAAUACAUCGUUUUUACCAAAAACGUUACUACGUAGAGGAUGUGUGCUCAAAUGUAGUAAACUGUGUUCGACAGUCGCAUAUUAGACCGUUCGACAUUUCAAAAGAUAUUGAUUUGGCAAAAGAUGAGGAAAAAGAUUGGCCACAGAAUUGGGUGAAAAAAGGUAAAGAAAAGAAUAGUGAAUGGACUCAAGAAUUAGUGUGUGAUUCCAGAAUCACUAAACAUAUGUUUGUUUAUGAGAAGCCCUCCAAGGAAGAGUCCCCAUCAAGUAUUUAG